AAAAUGUAUAAGUUUAUAAAUACAGUGUUUUCUAUGGCUCUCUGGGGGGGGGUGUCAAUUGUUCCCUGCUUGCACACCCAUCUAUUGAUUCUCUUUCCUGUGGUUCAGUGACUCUGUAGAAAGAAAAUCCCUGCUGGAUGGACCUUUCUCUCUAGACAGUAGGUAGCAAACUGUUAAGCACCAUUAUUUCAUUGCUCUGAAGCAUCUCCCAAUUUCUACUUAUCUAAAUUGUGCUGUUCUAGAUACAAGAUGAGUGCAGGGAUGGUGCCUCAUUAUCCCUUAGCUUCUACCUGGGUCCAGCACAAUGCCUGGAGCACAAGAUGCUCUUGAUAAAUAUUUGUGAAAUGAAUAAAUUCUACUGGGAAUAUUGAACUUCAGGGGAAUCCACAGAGAACGACUCAUCACCCGGUCAUUGUCUCGCCCUUUUUAUUUCUGAUUUUGAAACAGGAACUUGUUACAUUGCUGAGGCUGGAAAUUGCCUUAGCCUCCCGAGUCACUGUGUUUGCUAGUCUUUAAUUAGGCAGUUCUCUUGUGAUAGCCUGCCAGCCACUUUGCAGCCAGACUUCCUCUCUCUGGUCUCCAGCUGCUGUUUGCUCUCUAUUAUCCAAGCAUGGGUUGAUUCAUUCAAUGAACAAAUAUUUAUUGAGGACCCUCUGGGCACUGUGCUAAUGCCAUCUCUACAGAAUCUUCCCUAAACCACAGGUUAGCUGAAGUGCCCUUCCCUCAUGUUCCUCUUAUAGCCUCUUCUUGUCUCAUUGUAUUGAAAUGAUAUCAAUACCAAUUACAUCUUAUAACUGUUUAUCCAAGUAUGAAUAAGCUCCUGGAAGUUAGGGCCCACCCUUAUUUUAGUUAUAUUUGCAUUGAGUAAUUUGCAAGUCGUAAUUCCCAUGACCUUGGAUCAUGAACCUCACCUAGGACUGCCCAGUAAAUGUGUGCUGAAUUGCUCUAUGCAUUGAGCCUUGUCUUAGCUCAGGCUGCUAUAAAAAAUACCAUGGACUGGGUGGUGUGAGCAACAUUUAUUUCCCCAGUUCUAGAGGCUGGAAGUUCAAGAUCAGGGUGCCAGUAUGACUGUGAUAAGUUCAGAUGAGAUUCCUUCUCUUGGUGGCAGAUAGCCCACUUCUCAUUGUAAUUAAUUUCAUAUUCAUCAGGGCUUCAUUUUCAUGACCUCAUCUACCUCUAAUCACUUCCUAAAGACUCCCCUCAUAAUUCCAUCACAUUGAAGAUUAAUAUUUCAGUGCAUGGAUUUUGAGAAACCCAAACAUUCUUCAUUCUGUGCUUGAAAUCAUACAUUAAUCCUUAUUUCUUCCUUCAUAUUAUGUAUAGUCCUAAGUUUUGAAGACAGCUAUUGAAUCUCCUGAAGCUGUCCAGACCAAUGCUAUCUGGAUAUUAUUGGUUCUUCAUCUGUCAUGGAUUUUGAUCUGCUCCAUCCAGACAGGCCCCCGUUUGUCAAUGAGCCUUUGAAAGAAAAGCUUCUAACAACAGAUCUGAACACACGGAGUAUGGCUUGAGCAUCAGAGUGGAAUGUGUCUCUGUCUCUUCUCCAGCCACUCUUCCUUUAAUUAUACAAUUCCAGGCCACAUUUGAAUUUUGGGAAGCCAAUGCACACUGCUGAGUUAUAGCUAAACAAUUAAAAGUUGCAAAUCUAGGAUCCUUCAAAUGGUCCCUAAAUAGGCAUGACUUGGUCUCAACUCCCAAUGCUGAAUUAUUUCUUAUCUCUCACUUUCCCCAUGCCUCAACUGCUGGAGCUGCACACACAGGUCCCUCUGCAGAUGUGGAGAAUAGUAUUCUGCUUGGUCACUUGGGCAUGAUGACAGUGAGGAGAGCAAAACUUACUUCCUGUUGUGAUGCUAUUCAAAACUUCGUGGUUUCUCAAAAUAACACUCCUAUUGGAACUAACAUGAGCUACGAGGUGGAAAGUAAAAGAACAAUCCCGAUCGGAGAGAACAUUUUUCAUAUGCUUCCUGCGUCCCAGCCCUUUGUGGAGUAUCCUUAUAAACAGUGUGCCGUGGUUGGAAAUGGGGGGAUUCUGAAUAAUUCUCUCUGCGGAGCUGAAAUAGAUAAAUUCGACUUUGUUUUUAGGUGUAACAUCCCUCCAACCAACGGAAAUGUUAGUAAAGAUGUUGGCAGUAAAACCAAUCUUGUGACUAUAAAUCCCAGUAUAAUAAUGCUAAAAUACCAGAACUUAAAGAAGAAAGCAGAAUUUCUGCAGGAUAUUGCGACCUACGGAGAUGCGUUCCUUCUUCUGCCAGCCUUUUCCUACAGGGCAAACACUGGCCCCUCCCUAAAAGUGUAUCACACACUCAGAGAGUCCAAAGCAAGACAGAAGGUUCUCUUUUUCCAUCCCAAGUACCUGAAACAGCUUGGCCUUUUCUGGAGAACUAAAGGUGUGGAUGCAUACCGCUUGUCCACUGGCUUGAUGAUCGCAAGUGUCGCUGUGGAAAUGUGUGAAAAUGUGAAGUUGUAUGGGUUUUGGCCCUUCUCUAAGACUGUGGAGAACACACCUGUCAGCCAUCACUACUAUGACAAUCAGUUGCCUAAGCUCGGUUUCCAUAAGAUGCCCAAAGAAUAUAGCCAUUUCCUCCACCUUCACAUGAAAGGCAUCAUCAAACUACAAUUUGGCAAAUGUGAAACUUAGCUUAAACAAAGUUUCUUAAAAUGAGAAUAAUUCUUAUGUAAUGCAGUAGGUGAGUAACUGUUUCCAAAUGCGAAAGGAGGCCGAUAUCCAGUAUCCUAGGAAGAUCUCCAAAACCUGGAUUAACCAAAGUUCCCCCACUAACUUUGCAACCUCCACAAGUCAUUCAAGCAUUCCCAUCUUAAAUUUCCUUCCCUAUUAAUUAGGAGUCAUGGUAUAUGGCUCAUGCAAGUGAAUCGGGUGAAUCUGCAAAAAUUCUCGGCAGGGCAAAUUGGUGUGAGGUAGGGACUCUAGGACUAUUUUCUUGUUUGUAUUUACUGUACAUUUCUCCCCUCACCAGACUGAUUAUGAAAGGUAUGUUCUCUUGGAGGUCCUUUCUGAAAAGGACAGCCGAAUUGCCAGUAUCCAUUGGGUUUCUCUUUCUUAAUGAUAGACUUCUCUUUAUUAAUAACAUCCUUCCCAUUUUUCUUUCUGUCUUCAAGCGUGCAUACAACACAAUUAUGUAGUUAAGCAAGAAAUCAUUCAUUAAUCAGGAAUGAAAUUCUUUUCUUUGAAUGGCCAGCAGUAUGCCUGCUUAUGAUUAAAUUCACCUGUGAUAUCACCAGUGCUGGUGGGGUUGGAUUUGGGCCUUUUCUUUUCCUCCUUUAUCGACAUGUUUAAUCACUGUUUGUGAUUUUAUAUUAAUAUCCUUCUUCACUCUUAAGCCUUUUUCUCUUCCACUACAAGAUCUAUUUCAAGGACACAAAUAGUCAAAAUACCCAGUCUUUCUUACCCGUUGUCUGUGGGGGUCACUCAAUUUGAAGAAAAUAUUAAACAGCUGUUUCAUGCCAGGCCCUGUACCAGGAUCUGUGGGAGGGAUAUAAAGAUGUCUGCCCUAGUAGGAGGAAGCAGAUGUGUGUAUCAACUGACCUGAUACAAUAAAUGUUAUGUCAACAGUUAUAAGUAAAGUGCUAGAAGGAUCAUAGUCAGGAAUAAUUAAAUCUAUUUCAGUAGAAUCUAUUUCAGAGAUGAGUUGAUUUCAGAAUGAAAAGUAAAAAUGAAUAAGUUUUUACCAAAUGAAGAAGAUUCUAGGUAGAGGGAAUAUGAGAUGAUGAGACUAUUUGAAUGUAAAUCAUAGUUUUUGCCUCCCCCAAAAAUGCCAAAUGAGGAGAAGGUACAGUGCAGGAGGGGGAUGGCUUGGGCUCACAUCCGUAAAAUGUGGUCAGACCUGACCAAUUUCACAGGAAUGCAUAAGGAUUACAACACCCAAAACUUGUAAUGCUCACAUGGAAAGAUGUUAUACCUACAUAAGAAAUGAGGCUAAUAGUUUAGCCAUUGAUAAAAAAAUAAAGCUUAAGUGGAUAUCGCAUAUUUGCAUUUUCACACCAUUCCAUUAUGAGGAUUUCUGCUAAGCUCAGUCAUCCCUACAUCCACUGAAUAAGUUAUUUGACUUACUAAGGAAUCACAAGCGUACACUCCUGCUCAUCAUUGUACCUUCUGCAAGAAGACUGGAAAUAGGCCAGGUCAGAAUGACAAAAUAAUUAUAAUCUAUGAAUUAUCAAAUGAACCAGAUUAUUGUUUGGUUAAAUGCCUACUUUUAAGAACACUGUGCUGUAUCUUUAUACUUGAUGGUUUGGGUUAUUUUGAGUUCAUAUUUAAAUUCGUCCCUCUAUAGUAAAUAAAAUUUGUUACCUUUAUAAAACUGAUGAAAAUUUCAUAUAUAAAUAUUUUUCAAAUGGAAAAUACUUUUUGUUAUGUAAAUUCUAAUUUAUUUUUGUUUCUUUCCUUUUGUGGUGAUCGUGUGGCUUUUUUUCUAUUUUUCCUAAUAGAUUUAAUUAACAGGUUUUAAGUAACCUGUUUGCGGCGUCAGUAAAGAUUCAAUCAUGCUACUAGCAAUGGAUUCAGAAUAGAUCAGAACACUCUAGUAUUUUACAGUUAGUAAAAUGUUUUUCUCAGAAUAUUUUAUGGCAAGUAGAAAUAAACUAUUUUUGAUGAUAUUGGAAAUACAUAAUGGCUGAGAAAAAAGAAUAUAUUGAAGUAAAUCAUUAAAUACACAAUGUGGGAUCUUUACAUAUUACUUAAUAAAAAAAUUACAUAUGAUUUGGACAUGUAGUGCCUACUUAAGUUCUUCACAUAUAAUAUGCUAUUUUAACUUAGGAAAUUUUCUCUAGAAUGUCAAAAUGGAAUUUCCAAUGUCACUGAUAUGGAUUUUGGAAAUGUUCAAAAUAGUAUGAGAUCAAGGAACAUAAUGAUAACCAUGUGCCAUGUCCUAGGAAAAGUUCAGUAGGAAAAAAGUGUAGAUUUUUUUGUGUGUGUGGAGAAAAUGUAGAUCUUUCCCCACUCACUUAUCAGAAGUUUAUUUCUUUUUUAACUUUUGUGUUACUGUCCUAAAAGUAUGUUUGAAAUUUUACCACUUUGUUUAGAUUCACAUUAGACAAACAUCCUUAGUCAAAAAAGACAUCAGGAGAUAUCUUGAGAUGUAGUGGUCAUUAAUCUACAAGUCUGCAAGAUGGAGUUCAUAGGUUUUCUUUUGUUCCGAUAUCAGUGAAAGCUUGCAUUAAUUCACCAUUACAGAAUCAAAACAGCUGUUACCUGUUCUGCAAUUCACAUAUCUGAUGUGUACUCUAUGGUAAAAUUCGUGCUCUAUCAUAUUUUGUGUGUUGUGUUAUCAUGCGCCAACUAUAUAUGACACAACAUAUGCAUCCUUUAUAACUCUUUCCCAAAUCUGCAGCUGUGAUUUCAACACCGCUCAGUUAUUGGUCAUUAUUUAAAGCUUAGUCUAUAUAUGUUGAAAAGAACUAAAAGCAGGGGAAAGUAUUUGUGCCUCUUUCACAUCAUAACGUUUCCUUCCUGGGAGAGCAUGUGUUCCAUUCUGAUGUGCCAAUGAUGUCCUUUGGUUCCAAAACAGAACAUUUUGUAGAACUUUCUAAAAUAUGAUAGAACAUAAAUUUUGGCAAAAUAGCACAUCAACUAUAUAAAUUGUAAAACAAGUUGCAAUUCUUUCUGUUCCAUCAUGAUAAAUCUUUGCAAGUUUUCCACCAAGAUCAGGACACAAAGAAAAACUGAGAACUCCUUCUUGGAGACCUUACUGCCACCAAGCUUCACUGUAACACUCAAGAAAUCUCUGAGUAACAAGCAUUGCGAAAGUGUUGUUAGAUGGAUUCGAUUCGAUCUUCUGCCCUUAAAGUUCAAGUACAUCUUUAGCAUCAUUGGACAAUGUAACCAUACAAUAAAUUUCAAAGUAGCUUCCAGUCCAACACAAGGGUAAGAAGAAAUACUCAUUGAAGUACACAGUGCUCUAUGGUCUCAGAAAAGCACUCCAUGGACAAUUGCAUAAGUUUUGCACAGUAUAGAAGUCCUUGAAGCCUCCAGUAUAUUUCCCUCUGAAAAAAAAAAAAGGCAAAGAAAAAUAGACCAUGACUUUCAUGGAAGAAGAUUUCCCUCUGUGUGUAAAUUCCAACCAGUAAACCCGUGUGCACUCAGGCAGGUAGACAAGGACUUUUUGUUGUUGUUGUUGUUAGGACUUCUAUGUAUAGAAUAUUGAAUUAAGCCAUAAGUCAGAAAUAUUUUGCCUAGAUUUUUUCCUUACUUACAGAAAAUUUUCCAGUUAGAAAGUAUAUCACAUCAAGUACCCUAAACCACUCCACAAAUUUUAGGAGGCUUUGGGAAAGCUGGAAAACUUUGUGGAUAACAGGCCCACACCCUGGACAAUUGCAUAAUUUUUGCACAGUAUAGAAGUGCAAAUGAUGUGUCAAUGAUGUCCUUUGGUUCCAAAACCUUUUGGUCCUUUUGGAACCAAAGGACAUCUUUGGCACAUCCUAAAUAGCUAUUGCUAAAGUAUAGUUUUGAUGCGAUGUGUAAUGCAAUUAUGAUGCUCAUAACAUGUUAUUUAUGUAACAUUACAUGGAAACUAUUAACUGCUACUAAACACUGCAGGAAUUUAUUUAAUGUAUCUGUUGCACUUAACCUAAUAAGACUACUUAUUUCUUUAUAGUUGAUUCAAAAAAAAAAUUGUUUGGAACCACUAGGUAUGUGUAAGGUUUUUUAUUUGUGUGUGGCUUCAGAAGGCUGACCUCACGAUUAGCUGUGUCACUGGUCUCCUGAGGGUGGAUGGGCAGGGAUAUUUCUCUUAACCCUCAUUAUUCUGGGUCAUUACCCUUCCAGGAGCAUUACUCUUUCAUAAAAAUAAUGUGAGUGAUAUUUAGUAAAGAGGCAACACUUACGUAACGGAGACAGAACAAACUUUAGCAGAUGGUAUUGAGACAUUGUCCCAUCGUAUGGAAAAAAAUAAAUGCAAAAAAGUUGGACUCCAGAAAGAUUAAAGUUGGAUGAAAAGGCAAAAGCAUAAACUAUUAGAAGAUAAUGUAGGAGGGUUAUGCAUGAGGUAUGGGUGAGGAAACGUUUUCCUCAAAUAAAAUAAAAAAAGUUCUAAAGAACUGUGUUCCGGGCUAAGAAAUAGUGCCUGUGUCUAUAUUAAAAUGAAAGAUUUCUAGUCAGUAAAUAACACUUUAGAGCUUACAGGCUGGUGACAGACUGGAGUGGCUUUUACAAUGCAUAAAAUUAAUGACAUUAACAGACAUUUCAUGGUACUUCAAAAAGUAAAAGACAUGAACCCAAUAUAAAAAUGAGCAGGCAAUAAGAAUGUAAUUUACAAAGGGAAACCCUGAGAAGUUAGUAAAAGUAGAAAGUGAUGCUCAAACUUAGUAGUAAUCCAAGAAAUGCUAAUUCAGGUGAGAUCCUAUAUCCAUUGUAUUGGCAAAAAUUAGUAGCAUCUUUAAUUUCAAGUGCUGGUGGAAGACUAAAUUGAUUCAACACUUUUGGGGAAAAAUCUGGAUGUACUGAAUAAUAUGAAUCCUGUCAGUCCUAUGAUCCAACUCUCUCACUUUGGAUAUACAUGCGAGGAAACUUUUUGGGCAGGUUCAUAGGGAGACAAGUACUAUGAUAUUCAUUUUAUUCUUUAAGCAGUCAGUUGGACAUAGAAGCGUUCAACUCUUAGGAAACUGAUGAGUCAAGUUUGGUGGAUACAUAAUGUGGAAAAUAACACAGUAGUUAGAAACAGCUUAUUGGAUAUCUAUAGAUAAACAAGAAUAUAUCCUUAACAUUUAGAAUAAACAGAAAAAUAAGAGUUAUAACACAACAUCCUUUCAUUACCUUAAAGCAUAUACAUGAAUACAUACGUACCUAUUCAAGGGCAUAUGUCAAAUACAAGAAGGGUGCCCAUAGAAUAGAGGAAUGGAAGUAGGUUUAAGAAUAAUAUAAUAUACGUUGUCAUACAACAAGCCAUUGACAUAUUCUUAUCCUCACAUAGAAUUAUUUUUACUAAUACAUAAACAAACAGAAAUUGACACUCAAAACUGAAGUAACUUAUGUAAGUUUGCAUCAUAAGAGCAGAGUUACAUUCAAACUCACGUAUCUGAUGCUGAAGCCAAAAUUUUUCCAGUAUGUAAUGAUAAAGUGCAAUAUCUGUAUAUAACUGCCAUAUAAUCAACUGCACAUAUUCAAAGUGUACCAUCUGGAAAGUUUUGACCUAUGUAAUAUCCAUGAAGCCAUCUCUACAAUCAAGAUGAUGUGUGUAUCCAUUGACCUCAAAUGUUUCCUUGUGCUACUUUGUAAUCAAAUUGUUCCUUGUUGCUCCUUCCUAUCCAUUCCACACUAGUCUCAAGAAAUCCCUGAUCUACUUUUCUAGUUUACAUUUUUACUCUACAGACUGUUUACAUUUUUUAGAAUUUUCUAUAAAAGAAAUUAUACUAUGUACAUUCAUUUUUUGUCUUACUCUUUCACUCCACAUAAUAAUGAGAUUCAUUCAUGACCUUUGUGUAUCAAUAGUUCAUUUCUUUAUUUGCUGAUUAAAAUCCUGUUAUAUGAAUGCUCUGCAAUUUCUUUAUUCAUUCAUUAUUUAUGUACAUUUUAAUUGUCUCCAGUUUGGGGCUAUUAUAAAUAAAGAUAUCAUGAACAAUCA